AUGGUUCAACGAUCCUGGUUUGAGGCUUCUUCGUUCACGGAUUCCCGUCUCGAAGCAGGUCAAUCACGAAAGAGAAGUGUCGCUAGAAGAGUUUGCGUCACCAGAAGCGCCCGAGAAGAGCCGCGAAGAACUAGGCAAGCUGAUUCAUCUCCAAGACGUUCAAUUUUGCUGCCAAUCUGCAAUUUCGACUUCACCGUCUCUUCAACGAUUGUCAACGGAAUAGCCGGAAAUGGAGGGCAAAAGAAGGAAGCCUACAUACUCAAUUCUGAUGUCUCAAUGGAAACCUACUCUGCAUAUUUCUGGAGAAGCGGAGGGCACAUUCCGAUCGUUGUCAUUUACGGAAUGGUCUUUUGUUCUACGAAAGUCGAGAGUGGCUGGAGCCUUGGAUACACCGGAAUUUGGAUAUUCAAAACUGGAAGACAAAUCGAAUUGGGUCUUCUUCACUUGUUGGAUUACGAGCAGGGCAGAGCGGUGACCGGGAAAAAUUGGCGAUUCUGA